UAGAUACCAAUAAAAUUGUACAGCUCCUCCAAUUAAAGGUCAAAGAAUUCUUCGUGCUCUUCGCUUGAUGUGUUUUGGAACAAUAAAAUAGUGAUUGUGAACUUAUUUCUAAUCCGGUUACAAGUUCCGGUUGGGUGGCCUUUUAGUCUGCGUAUCGAUUCUUAUAAAGCUUGCAAGAGAUUAUUUUCUAAGUUCUAGUCAAACAUGAUGGAGAGGGGGGUUCUGGCCUUGCGAAGACGCGGAAGAGUGGCGCUUCUGGUGGCAUGGAUGGUGAUGACAAGCUUCCAGGACGUCGGGGGUAACGAAGAGCGGUUUGGAGAGAAGGGAAGAGUGAUCGAGCUGGACGACUCCAAUUUCGAUUCCGCCAUUUCCACCUUUGAUUAUAUUCUGGUCGAUUUCUAUGCCCCAUGGUGCGGUCAUUGCCAACGUCUCUCGCCUCAGUUAGAUUCUGCUGCUUCAGUGCUUGCUGACGGUGAUAAACCGAUUGUGCUUGCAAAAAUCAAUGCAGAUAAGUUCACUGGGAUUGCAUCGAAAUAUGAAGUGAGUGCAUAUCCAACGCUGAAGUUUUUCAUCAAAGGCUUCCCUACAGACUAUACAGGUCCACGAAAAGCAGAAUUGCUUAUUCCUUAUUUGAAGAAAAUGGCUGCACCUGAUGUUUCAAUCCUUAAAUCGAAUCGUGAAAUUCAGGAAUUUAUCGAAGGAUCCAAUAAAAUCUUUCCCAUGUUUAUUGGCUUCGACAUCAAUGAAUCACUACUAGCAGGUCUUGCUAAGCAAUACAAGAAAAGAGCUUGGUUUGCAGUAGCAGAGGACUUCACAGAUGAAGUUAUGAUGGAAUAUGAUUUUGACAAAAAGCCAGCUUUGUUGGCCCUUCGUCCUGAGUACAGAGAACAAGAUACAUUUUAUGGCCCCUUUGAAGGAGGGUUUUUGAACGAGUUUAUUCAGCAAAGCUUGCUGCCUUUGUGUGUCCCUAUAAGAUAUGAUACGCUGAAGUUGAUACAGGAAGAUGCAAGGCCGAUAGCCUUGACAAUUAUGAAAGAUGAGAGAGAAGAUGAGUCAUUGCAGAUAAUCAAGAUGUUAAAAGCUGCUGCAUCUGGUAAUCGGGAUUUGAUAUUUGCAUUUGUAGGACUUGCACAGUGGGAAGAAUUUGUGGACACCUUCAAUGUUGGGGAAGGUACAAAAUUACCAAUAAUCAUUGUGUGGAAUGGAGACUCAGAAUAUCACUCUGUUGUUGGAUUGGAAACUUUAAACGUGGAAAACUUGGGAUUGGAGAUAAACAGUUUUCUUGAAGGCUACAGGCAAGGAAAAACUGUCAAAAAAAGUAUUAAGGAACCUUCCUUUGUUGACUUCUUAAAGUCAUUUUUUAACAUUAGAUCUCUUUAUAUUCUUCUUUUUGUGAUCGUUAUUCUCAUGGUUAUCUGGAAUAUGAGUAUAUCGGAGAAAGAGGAGACAGUGGAGAGGGAGAAUUUAAGACAGGAGAGGUUGGCUGAAGGGAGGCAGUUUAAUGAUGCUACUGAGAGCAGCAUAGAAAACACAGAAAAUAGUGAAUCUAAAGGAAGACUAAAAGAAGAUUGAGUGUAUUAAAUUGGUCGUGUCUGCAUUGUACAAAAAUGAAAGCAGACUUAUGAUAGGGAAUGCUUUUAUCCAUGACUUGAAUUCUUAAAGUCCAUAAAUUUUUUGAACAGGAAUUCCUCACAAGUGAUAGAAAUAUUGUAAUUUAUAUUGCAGAGGAUGCAAAUCUUAUAUGGGCUGUUUAUUAUUUGUGAAUAUUUGAACUCAUAUAGGAAGGCACACACUAAUGCAUCUACCUGUGUCACCUUAAAAUAAAAUUUUGUUAAGGAAAUUGUAUUUGUCA